GAUGCUUUGGUUCAUCCUUUUAUCGUGGCUUCUUUUUCUGAAGACGGAAUCAACGUUGAUACAGGAAGAUCUUCCACAGGCCAUGAUAGAAUGUCUGAAAACUUUUGACGACCGAAUCACUACACAACAAGCGGCAGUACACAAAUUCUGUUGGGAUUUUUUCAACUGGGAGAAUAAUUCUAACUACACUAAUUCAAUAAGGCCUAAAAUCUAUGAAUAUGUCAUCAGACUGUUGUCACCAUUUUUUACAAUGAAACCACUGGGAAUCUCUAAAAGUAUAAGGAAGGAAUAUCGACGAUUAACAGACAGAGAAAGAGAAGAUUUUCAUAAAGCUGUUCGGAUGCUAAAACAAGAUACUAGUGUUCCACCAAACAAAUACGAUGCAUUAGCCGACCUCCAUACCUUUGCAGUAUCCCCUUCAGCUCACAGAGGACCAAGUUUUCCAGGCUGGCACAGGAUAUUCUUAGUGUUAUUUGAAAUGGCUAUAAAAGAAAUGGUCCCUGGAGUUAUCCUGCCAUAUUGGGAUUCUACUCUUGAUAGUAACAUGAUGAUUCCAGAACAAUCCGUUAUGUUUUCUGAACAUUUUGCAGGAAAUAAUAUGGGUUAUGUUACCACUGGUCCAUAUCGAGAUUUUAUUGGACCAAACACUGGUCCACUUCACAGAAAUAUAAGCGGAAGUGGUGCUGCGAUAUCUACCCAGUAUGCAGCGAAUAUAUUAAGUCAGACUCGAACAAAAGACAUUACUUAUCCAACGGCAGAUGAUGCUAAUUGUUUAGAGGAAGCACACAACGAUGUACAUGACUGGAUCGGGGGACAAAUGGGAGAGAUUGAUACAUCUGCAGACGACCCAUUAUUUUACGUUCACCAUGCCUUUAUAGAUUAUCUUUGGUCUCUUUUUAGAAUGUCACAAAAAGAAAAGGGGAUAAACCCCGAGUUUGAUUAUCCUAGGACUGCCUACGGGGAACAUCAUCCGUUAAUUGAUAUGAAACCAUUUGGAUAUUUUAGAAAUAUACAUGGUUACUCGGAUUACUGGACAGAUCAUGUUUAUAGUUAUGAAUAUUCGCCUUUUUGCACUCCAGACCAGCCUACGUGCAAAUCAAAAUGGCUGAAAUGCGACACGAAAAAUUGGCGGUGCAUUUCUCAACAUAUUCCUUUCCAAUCUGAUAUAGAAAAAGCUAUUCCGCAUGAUUUUGUGAUUGAUGGAGAACAAAAAUUAGACUUGUGGUGUUUUGUGACUGUACAAGUUUUCUAUGGCACAUUUGCUGACCAUUUACACCCCUCCUAUAAGGAACCUGAUAUUCUUGAUUUUGGACAUCUUAAUCAAAAACAACUUACACAUCACGAGUGUCAACAGAAAGACCAGAAUACAAUUGAUAUCUAUGUUGGAUCAAAUGGUGUAUCAUAUAGUGGUCAAUAUUUAGACUUUGUGGUUAUGGAUAAAAACAAUCCAUUUGCAACCUCAAGGCUUAACAUAGCCAUAUCGAAUAAAGAUAAUUCAUCCUCUCAUAUAUCUGCGCAUGAUUCUUGCGGACGACUGUGUUCUCCCGUAUGUCUUGUUGUCGGGUCUAAGCCACCAGAAUAUAAACCAUGCACUGGAAUGCUAUUGCACAGAAAUAGUUCGUCAGAUUAUUGCAAAACGGUAACUCUGGAUGACACAGUUGUAAGCUACAAGUCUAUACCGUUUAUAAAAUUUAAUUGCGAUAAAUUUGGAGCCUUAUUUAACGAGCAAAAUACAAAGGAGUAGAGGCACUAAGAUAUUAAAGUACUAACUAAGCAUCAAACCUUUUAUAUAAGUUGUACUCCGCAAUAGUUUACUGUCUUAAUGUAAUAUUAAAGAUAGUUCAGAAAUAUGCCAUACUAAAACUAUAUUCUGGUGAUAAGUUGUAUUCUUAUC